AUGACGGAGGGAUUGGUGGCUAUCAGGACAGAGGGACUGGCGGCUAUCGGGAUGGAGGGGGUGACGGAGGGGUCGUUGGUUAUCAAGGGGAAGGGGGAGGGAGUACCCGUGAAGGGGAUACCUGAGGACAUGGAGGGGGUACCCGAGGAGGAGAGGGUACCGGAGGUGGAGUUGGUACUCGAGAUGACGUCACCCGAGGCAAAGAGAAUACCCGAGGAGGAGGAGGUACCCGUGAAGGGGAUACCUGAGGACGUCGAGGGGGUACCAGAGGAGGAGAGGGUACCAGAGGUAGAGGUUGUACCCGAGAUGACGUCACCCGAGGCAGAUGGGAUACCCAAGGAGAUGGGGGUGCCCGUGCAGGGAUACCUAAGGACGUCGAGGGGGGGAUGUCGAGGGGGCACCGGAGGAGGAGAGGGUACCCAAGGUAGAGGUGGUACCCUAGAAGACACCAGACUUGCCGGACGUGGUCUUUGUGUCGGAGGAGGUGGUCCCGAUAGCGGGCGAGGGGGUAGUCCUGAUGGCUGGGGAGAUGGAGGUUCCCUAGACGCAUGA